AUGGCGGGCAAAGACAUGAGCACAGCCUUUUCCACAAUUAACAAACAACCCAACGAGGACUUUUCUCCCUCGCUUCCACAAACCCCUACCAAUAUCUCGCCACGCGGCAACGCGGCAAGGAGUUCCCUUGCAUACGACUCUGUCGAGUGCGACGAGCCCGCAUUCGACGUCCUGGACCCAAACCUGUGCAGCGCCAACCCCGAAGACCCCAGCGAGCUCGCAAACGCGGCCCUGGCCUCCUCGGCCCGGCGCAUCACCAGCUCCUCCGGGUCGGGUCCGCCCCCGGACGGCCGGAUGGCGUCCUCGGGGAUGCGGGCGGCGGGGAUGUGCAGCUUCGCCGUGGCGCGAGGGUCCUUACGUGAGACCCCGGCGCUCUUGUGCGCGUCGCGCGUGUGCUUCUUCCAUGCUUCUGCGGAGGGCUCGCUCGUGCUCACCCACUCCUUGAGGGAGGCUAGGACGGAGCGGCGUUUUUGUUUGGGGGCGGUGGUUGUGGUUGUUGUUGUUGUUGUUGUAGGGGAUUUGCUGCUGCUGCUUGGUGGUGUUGGUAUGAUUUUUGAUUUGCGGCUGCUUGAUGAUGGUAGGCUGGGAUUUGGAGGUGUUGGUGUAUUUAACUUCAUUGUGGCUUUGGUGAAGGGGGUUGUUGUGGUGGUGAUGAUAGACGGAGGUGCUGGUCGCUCACUCUUUCGAGGCGAGGAUCAGUGGUGGCUUCUCUCCUCAAAUAAGUGA